AAUUUCAUGAAAUAUUUUACUUAAUAACAUGUUUUAAAACGAAAUGUCACAUUGCACAAAUGUUUUGAUCAAUUUAUACACAUACUGAAUUAGUUAUUCGCUUUGCUGAAUAGUUCGCAAUAAAUUUCGCUGGAACUGAAUUCUGCCGCAAGACGUAUUACCGUUUCCGGUCCUGACGUGUUUUAACAAAUACCUACUAUUGGCGCCAUGCUUGCGCGAAGAAACAGUUCCAUUAUAUUUGAUAUACAUUUUACAAUAAAGAACAUAUUAGAAUCGAAAUAAUUUAUAGCAAAACAAUGCUUUAUCACUAUAUAUAGACUCGGGCGGUUAUACGUCGGCGCAAUUAAAAUAUACUAUCACAAUAAAAAAUGUAUCCUUUCGGCAAGGACACUGAGCGUUUAGUGUUGGAUUUUUUGAAAGAAGACGCUUUUACUUGUGUCAGUAAACUUCUACAUACAUUUGUAACUUAUCCGAUUACCUAGCAAUAAAUCAAGAAGCCGUAACGGAGAAAGGAGCCUUGUUUGACAAGUUUCUAGCUCAAGAGGCAGUGGGACUAUAUGGAUCUUUGAUUUCGGCAAUACCUAGACUGAGACAGAGGCAUGGAAAUAAGCAGAGAACGCCAAAGACAGUGAGGUUAACUCACGAUACAAUAGGCCUGUUUUGAGUUUUAAAGUAUUUUGUCUAGUUGCUAACAAGUAAACUAUCACAACAUUUCUAAGUCAAAAGCAACAUAUUUGUAACAAACUACAUUUAUCAACUUACAUAAAAGACCUUUUUGAAAAGAGAUAUACUUUUGAUAAAAAUCAGCUAGACUUACGCUAGAUGCUUUUUGAAGCCACCUUGUAAUUUCAUCAAUAGUGUGGCCAUUCUGACAAUACAUCAUCAAUAACAGCUGGUUACUUUUAACAAAUGGUCUUAAGUGUAAAUAAUAUGAAAUAGGGCACUACCUAGAUGAAGAAUAGAUAUGUCUCAACAAAAUUAAUUCCUUAUUAGAUUUAGUAAUUUAAUUAAAAAACAAUAUGCUUAAAUGUUGAAUAAUGUGUUUGUAUUUGAAUCAUUUCUUCUAGAGUUUGCAACAUAUUUAUGAAAGGUACUAUUUGUAUUACGACGCAAAUCAUUCAGCUAAACAGAGGCAAAUUUAGAAAUCCCUAUGUUUGAAAGGGCAUAAAAGCAACACAUUGGUCAUUAUUACUUUGUUUAUAAUGUGGGAAACAUACGUUUUCAAUCUCAAAAUGUAGACAAGACAUUAUGAUUUGGAUGACAUAUUAGAAAUCAUUAAUAUGUUGGUGAAUUAUUCCGGCCGCAGGCCGGUAUAUCUGGGGUAAAGGUCAUUUAACAGUUGAUUAAAAUUGUACAUUUUGAUUGGUGGAUGAAAAAUUUCACAGGCUUUCGAAUGGUACAGAUAAUAUUUUCUUAAGGGGUGUGCAUUACAUGCUCUGGGCUGUAUUGUUGGACAGUAUAACCCAUUGUGAGACUCCUGUGGAAGUAGCUUACGUCAUAAACCUGAAUCCCCUCAGUAGUCAAUUCGACUACAAACCUGCUGACUCUGCCACUCUGAUACGGAACGAUUUACAGUCAACUUUUGGUCAUUUCGUAUCCAUUGACGAUUUCAAACUGGUCAUUUCAUCUCCCACUUUUCGGCCCCUCCUUUUUAUUCUUAUUUUUUGUCAAAGUUUUCCAGAUUAUGACAGGAUGUAAAAUAUACGUUCUGUAAAAUAUGUUCUACAUAAAAAACAACUUUAAAAAAAUACAUUUUGUUUUGCUUUAUAAAUAUCAGAUCGUAUACGUACGUGCGGCUUAGGUGGACUUUUUAAAGAUACUUUUUAUUUACAACGAAUUCAAAUUGAUAAUUUAAAAGACAUUGUGCGUAUUAGUCUUAUUCUAGUUAUUUAUUGAGAGUCAUUUACUUUAUUACAAACAAUCGACGGAUAUGGCAGGGCUUAAUUUACUGCAAUAUUAAUACUCUUACGCUUUCCACUUACUUGAAUGUAUUUUCCAACUUUCGCUUUUAUUUUCAACGUUUUUCGUAAGUUGCUGUUUAUUUUCUAUUAACGGUCAUUCACUUGAUCAAUAAACUAGAACUUAAUACUUGUGAAGUGCUAUUUAUAUCUUUUUAGCCAUACCAGAUCGGAAUUUAAAAAGGUAUUUGAUUUAACAUCGAUUAUAAACCGAAAGUAGACUAGCUUUCUGAAUAUGAAAAAUUUAUUUGAAAUUUUCUAUUGUUAUAGUUCAGUUAAUUAUUCUUUGAAACGUUUUGUCUAUCUAUGUACAUGAAGUUUUUUUUUUCAAACUUCCCUGUCAAGGUUUAUCAAUUGACACAUUACACAGCUUGUAAAGUGAUCACGAAUUGAUGCAGUGGACAUUCUAUAUGGCACGUUAAGUAGACUUUACUCACUUCACUCUUUAUUCGCUAUCUAAUUUUGUUUUCGAAGCAAAUGAAUCCAUUGCAGAAGGAGUAGCAUUGUGCGUACAGUUUAGAAAGGUCUAAACAAUGGGGCAACAGACUAGUCGAAACGAAGGUAAUGAGAAACAACUUGAACAACAACGUGAAAUAAAAUAUAUCAUCGAUUGCCUAAACCACCAUAAAAACAAUGUUUACGGUGUUGCUCACAGUGUUGAAACGCAAAAUUCAUAUGUGGAAGAACUUUUACAAAACAUGCGCCGUUUAGAAAGAAGAGAAAAAGAUGGGGACAUAAUAGAAGACGAUAUUGAAGACAAAACUGAUGUGAAAAUCCACCUGAAAGUUACGAAAAAUACAAGGAGACUUCUUGGUAGUAUCCAGUGUCAAAGCAAUUCACUGCAAGAAUCAUUCGAUGCUCUGAACCAAUGCAUAAUGGAUGCGUUACACCAGUUUAAACAACCAGACCUCGGGUCAUCUGUUGAUCAAAAAUAUUCUAGAAAAUGGAUAGUUUACGAAGAUUCCCCAAAGCAACCCAUACGUGACAUCCGAGAAGCUUUCAUGGAACAAGCAGAAUCUUUGCGCACGUUACAGUUGAGCGAAUCAACUCUUUCAACGCAUAAUAAACAACUUAGCAAAGACAACGAAUUUCUGAGAAGCCAAUUACAGACUUUUAAAUCUACGAUCCAAGUACAAAUAUACUAUCAAAGCCGAGGGGAAAUGAUGUCCAAGGUUUUGGACGAACUGAAGCUUCUUCUUGCCAGCAAUACAGGAAAAGAAAGAAAUAAAGUACAGUUCAUUGAUUGUCUAGAUAAAAAUGACAUCAACCCAGAUAUACCACUGUUUGUGUUGUGCAUCAAUGCUUCAAGGAUAGGCACUGACGUUGCGACUACAUUACAAAAUUUAAAAGGAUGCGAAAUGGAAAACACUGCUUUGUUGAUUUUCCAUCACAAAAACGAACACGCACUACCUACACAGACCAGUAACCAAGUACUUGCAGGUCCUGGGUUCAAGGCACUCCGAGGAAUUUAUGACUUAGCAUUUUUGACAGGGAAAGGAAUGUACGAUUGUGAAAUGAACACUCGUGCAGUAGCUGAUAUUAUUGGCUUCAUAUGUAAAGUAUCAGGAGAGACAGGUUUCAAUCGUGAUGCUAUGUCUACGUAAUUGAUUUAGAUAGUUACAAAGCUGUGUUCAAGAAAUAUCUAUUUAUGCAGGUUCCACUGUAUGCAGCAUAUGCGUGUUAUUAUCGUCUGUGUUUGUAUUUUCUGUUUUGUUUUGUUUUGUCAGUCUUUCUUUGUUUUAGAUAUAGAAUAUUAUAUCUUCUUCCUUAAAAAAUAUUUGUCUGAAUGGCUGAGUAGGGUGAAAUAUAUGCAUAUAGAUAAAAGGUGGAUCCUGAAAUUUUCAGACGCCUGGUAUACAUGAUAAACUAAAUUUUGAAUGAUAAGCACGUUCGUCUUUCUAAUCAGACAUGCUAUGGUUCAACAGCUAAAUAAGACAAUAAUUGUUAUCUGCAUUUCUUUGUUUUACUCAAUCCUAAUUGUAAUUGAUAGACUGACAAAGCUGUUUAAUUCUAGUCACUUAUUGAACUUGUUUUGUUAGGUUUUUGCUGUUGUUGUUGUUGUUGUUUUUUGUAAAUACUGUGAAAUCAUUUUUAUUCGCGUAGGACGAAUUUUCGCUUAUAUUUCACGCGAGGACCGAUGCGCGAAUUUAUGACCGCGCUAUUAUUAUUUUUUAUUAUAUUUUUCCCUUUCUAAAUUUGAAAAUGCGCGAAUUUAAGCCUGCGCGAAACAGUCCUUCUUCACGUUUGCGCGAAAUUUCAUGCCAGCGAAUUUAAAUGAUAUCACAGUACGUUUUUUGUUUUUUGUUGUUUUUUUUUGGUUUUUUGUUUUUGUUUUUGUAAAUUGAUCGUCUUCCAUCUUUAUGACAGCCUUUGCUAUUGAUAGCAGUUUUGUUCAUCAUUUGCUUUAUUGGCACCUUGAUUUUAUCAGAUUUAACUUACUCAGAAUAAAGGGAUAACGUAUCAAG